AUGUAUACUCUACUUCGAGCUUCGAUGUUAUUUUCAAGCUCUAACCGAUAUUAUGCUAAAGGGAACUUUAUUCGAAGUUACUCAAGCACAGUUGGUAAACCUCUAUUCGAUAAGAUACUCAUUGCCAACCGUGGCGAGAUAGCAUGUCGCGUAAUACGUACUGCGAAACGACUGGGCGUGAAGACAGUCUGUGUAUAUAGUGAAGCUGACAGAAAUGCUCUUCACACAAAACUGUCUGACGAAGCUUACUUGAUAGGUCCAGCGCCUUCAUCCGAAAGUUAUUUAAAUAUUGAUAAGAUUAUCGAAGUCGCUAGGCGCAGCGGGGCUCAGGCCAUUCAUCCCGGAUAUGGAUUUUUGUCUGAGAACCCGACGUUCGCAUCUCGCCUAGCUGAAGAAAAGAUCAUUUUUAUAGGACCACCAGCAUCUGCAAUGAUAUCAAUGGGAUCAAAGAGGUAUUUAUUUGAGAUAGCAAGUAUGGUUUGUGAUAUACCUUUAAUGUCUACCCCGUUUUGUUUUCAACUAAUUGCCCAGCCGUCGCUUAUCAUACCUAAAUCUACAUCUUUUCCGUCGCACAUAAUUAGCGAGUCCAAAGAAAUAAUGACUGCAGCUGGCGUACCUGUUGUCCCGGGAUAUCACGGCGCAAACCAAGAAAUCUCCUUUCUCAAAUCCAAAUCUCUCGAAAUUGGUUACCCUAUCCUAAUUAAAGCCAUUAAAGGAGGCGGAGGCAAGGGCAUGCGAAUAGUUUACGAUCCAUCCGAUUUUGAGCUCCAACUAAACUCCUCUAAGCGUGAAGCAAUGAACUCUUUCUCCGAUGAUCAAGUCUUACUCGAGAAGUACCUUCUCACACCUCGCCACGUUGAAGUACAAAUAUUCGCGGAUACAUAUAAUAAUGUAGUGCAUCUGUUCGAAAGAGACUGUUCUAUACAGAGACGACAUCAGAAAAUCUUGGAAGAAGCUCCCGCGCCAAUGUUGGAUGAAGCCAUAAGAAAUGAACUAGGAAGAAAAGCUGUAGCUGCAGCCAGGGCGGUCGGAUACGUUGGUGCUGGGACAGUGGAGUUUAUUAUGGACACUACAGAUGGAAAGUUUUAUUUCAUGGAAAUGAACACGAGGUUGCAGGUUGAACAUCCAGUUACAGAGAUGGUUACAGGGACUGAUUUAGUGCAGUGGCAGUUCGAGGUUGCUGCAGGAAAUUCUUUGCCUCUAAGUCAAGAUCAAAUUCAACUCGACGGGCAUGCAUUUGAAGCACGUAUUUACGCUGAAAAUCCUACCAACAAUUUCCUGCCGGAUACUGGUACACUUCUUCAUCUUCGAACGCCUCAGCCCUCUACUACUGUCCGAAUCGAAACCGGUUUUGAUCAGGGUGACCAAGUUAAUGUUUACUACGAUCCGAUGAUAGCAAAGCUUGUUGUCAAAGGUGGUGAUCGGGCGGAGGCGUUAAGAGCUUUGAGAAACGCGUUGGAUGAUUAUGAGGUUGUUGGUUUGAAUACCAAUAUCGAAUUCUUAAAGCAAGUAGCUUCGCAUUCCGCGUUUGUUGACGGUCAAGUGGAGACUGGAUUUAUUGAAAAACAUAGAGAGGAUUUAUUCCAAUCAGAUCCAAAUAUUCCACCAGAAUUAAUCGCACAAGCUUCUCUGUCUAUUGUCUUGUGUGAGCUAGGCAAAAUACAGAAUCAAGCUAGUAAUAGUCUUGAUCCCUUCUCGCCAUGGUCUUAUCUUUCAUCAACUCGGCUAAAUUCAACUCACACGAGACAGAUUAUUCUCGGUGAUAAUAAUAAUACGGAAUUCAAUACAUAUAUAACGUUCAACAAAGAUGGAUCAUACGACAUUACAAUAAUGUCUGCAUUGACUGAUCCGGCAAUUUUCAACAAGGUGACAGCUACUUGGAAUGAAACAGAACGUGAAAUAAUUGCAAAUAUUGGGGACAGGAGAUUUAAAAGCCAUGUAGUGUUUGAUAAGCAGCAGAAAGUAGUUAUUUUUGGAGAGGGUUUAAGGACCGUUUUAAUGAUACCUGAGCCUAACUAUCUUCAGGAAACUGGAAGUGAUACGGCAGGAUCAGUUAAGACUCCUAUGCCAUGUAGAGUAUCUCAGAUUCUUGUGGAAUCUGGACAAACAGUUGAGAAAGGAACUCCACUGAUAGUUCUGGAAGCCAUGAAGAUGGAGCAUCUCAUUAAAUCUCCAGUCACUGGUACUAUCGACAAGAUCUACUACAAAGUCGGAGAUCUUGUUGAGGAGAAUAAAAAUCUACUAGGAUUUGUUGAGAAUUAG